GGCUUAUUCGCAGUCGGAGUUGUAGUUCGUAGUAGUAGUUCAUUGUGAACAUGUGUCAGUCGAUGUUUGUCCAGCAGAGCCAAUUUGGUACACAUUAUUUUAGGCCCUAAUAUACUAUAAAAUGCCGAAUAGUAUUAUUGAGCUUGAGCAUUUGAAUGCUUAUUCCCUCAUGAAUCUUGGAAAACGUGAUGCAGCUGCUGCUAUUGCUCAACAAUUACUGCAAGAUAAUUGUAAUACUGAUGAAGCAGAAGUUGCUUUGAUUCGUUGUAAAAAACUAGACGACUUACUGGAUGUAUUACUUAAUCCGAAUCAAAUAGGCGAUUUGGACAACAUUUUGGACUGGAUAUAUUGGCUAAUGGCUGGUGGUAAAACCUUUGAUGAAUUCAGUAGUGCCGUUAAAAGAUAUGAUUAUAGAAGAACAUGUGGAUUUGUAUGGACAAAUAAUUAUUUCGCAUACAGAUGUCGGACUUGUAGUAUGACUGUUUGCAUGGCUCUAUGUGGAGAUUGUUUCAGACGUGCUGAUCAUACUGGUCAUGAUUUCAAUAUGUUUCGUUCUGAAACAGGUGGCGUAUGUGAUUGUGGAGAUACAAGCGUCAUGAAGUCUGAUGGGAUUUGCUAUGAACAUCGCAGCACAAAUAAUUCAAAUGGUAGUUUUAAUAGUGAUAAACAAUCUCCUGCUGAUUUAUUAAGAAUAGCAGAUAAAAUAAUGCCGAGAUUAAUGUUAAGACUGCUUCAAUAUUUACGUAAUAUCAGAAUAUCUUCAACAUAUGUAUCUUCAGGUAUAAUAAGUGAUAGAAUAGAAUUGGAUCUACGAGUAUUUUUUAAUAUGCUGCAUAAGCUAAAUGAUUUGGGAUCUACUAUGAGACGUGUAAUAACUGGGUCUCUCAUUAGUAAAAAGAUUUACCAAUGGGCAUGUGAUUACCAAACUAGUAGCACUUCUAGUAUUGUGAAUCAAGAUUUUAGUCUAUAUGAACCACAACAGCAGAAAGGUGAUAAUAGCAGUCAAAAAAAUCAAUUGAAUCAUUGUAAUUUUUUGCAAGAAAUUUAUUUUUGGACUGUACAAUAUAAGUAUCCUGAAUAUAUGGUAUGCUGGUUGUUAAAGAUGUUAUCUGAUUCAAAUUUUAAAGAAUCUUUGGCGGAAGCAAUUAUUUCGCACUAUAAAUGUGCAGUACAAUUGAUGGAAACCACAACAUCAGAUUUAGACAAACUUUGUAGCAAAAUUGCUAAAAUUAAUUGUCAAUUUCUAAGUCAUAAGGAAUUAGCUACGCAUAUGGUUAUGAAAUUCGAUUUUAUUAAAAUAAUUAUACUUAAUUUACGGAAAGAAAUGACAAAAAUAUUAAUACGAUCCACACUUCAUGAUAUUACAAAAAACAAACACAUGGUUGUAGAUUGCUCAAUAAACGUUAUGAAAGAACAAAAUUAUUGGGUAUUAGCGAGUGACCUGAAAAAUUUACUGUAUCAUAGAUCUAUUGCUAUUCAGUUUAUGCGUGAUAAACCUUUGUUAGAUUUGUUGUUCUCAUUUGUGUCCAUGUUUCAAGGAAUGAAUGUCAACCGUCAAGAGUUGGACAGUCACAUUGAGUUUGAACCUGACACUCUCAUUGCUGCUUUUAUAGGUGAGCAACAAUUCAAUACAUACAUCAUGUGGGCAAUGCUAUUGCACCUCACAUCCACUGAUACACGGGAAUUGUCUUCAAACGUGAUUCGUGCAUCUACAAAACACCUUUUCAAAUGGCUUCAAAGUAUUGGUUACAUCAAUAAUCAAUAUGCAAUCGAUGUUUAUGGUGAUAAUGUCAAUCAGUUCAGUUUUCAUCUACCCUUGCAUCGGUAUUUUGGAACUUUCGUGUGUCAAGCAGUGCGAAAGCAAGGUGCUCGAAUGGAAGAUAUUAUGUCAUACACCGGUACAAGUCAUAAAGAUGAAAGAGAUGCAUUUUUACUAGCGAUUGCAUCACAUCCUGUUCAUAUUCAAGCUGCAUUCCAUACAAUUAUGCAGAAAGCACUGAAUCACAGAAUUCGCAAUGGUACACAAAUUUCAGGUCAAACCAUGCAUUACAUGCAAUCUUAUAUAAAAUUCUGUACAUCAAUGGUUGAUAUUGAUAUCUAUUUACUUCAACUUUGUGUAUCUGAAUUAUCAGAUGCCAACAUAUUUAUGACUUUAAUAUUAGAAAAGUUUAAAGUAUAUGAUUGUCUCUAUGUAAGACAUGGUGGAUUACCUCAAAUAAUGGAUACUGUCGAAUAUGAUAUAUCUACCAUAAAAAGCUUAUUGGUAUUCUUAGCAACUUUAGUGGGCUUCCGAAAUAAUUUAUGUUCUGACGAAAAUUAUGAUUAUUGUCAGUCCCAACUAGAAAUGGUAACAUUGUUAUGUGUCUCGGAUAAGACUCAUAGUCAACUAAUGGAACUAAUGCCCGAGCGUUGUGGUGACAAUACACAAACUACUACUGUCACGGCCUCUACCACUAUUAAAGACAGAGAUGACAAUCAAGGGCCACGAGAUUUUGAAACUGUAUUACAAACUGUUGCCGAGUACAAGAGGCCUCAAUUUGAAGCAUCAGGUAAUAUGCAGCAAGGAUUGUAUGUACCUUUGCCUCAUGUUUGGUGUGAUUUAUACGAUCCAAUACAUAUACUUUUGAGAACUGUUCAUAGGCGUGACUUUCAAUCAGCAUUAGAUCGUUACACAGCAUACAUGCGCUCUGUUGGACUUCUGAAACAGAAUGAAACUCCUUGGCCACCAUAUAAGAAACCACAAAAACACCACCCAGCUUAUCAAGAUCCUUGUAGAGCACUAUUAUCUAGAUUAUUUCAUGGAGUUGCUUGGCAUUGCCUGUAUCGUACAGCUGUUUUUAAAGAUGUUGAUGAACACGCACUCAGCUUGUUGAUUUAUCUUCUUGAUCUAGCUUGGACAUGUUAUAUUGACUCUUCUAUAAAUGAAAAAAAUUCAUCUAAUCAACAACAACCACCCAUGGAUUUGAAUUUGGAUUUGUCAACUGCGUCUUCUUUACCAACAUCAUCUAAAGAAUAUUCCUAUGUAUCUCCAAAAACUGAUACAAUUGAAAAAUUAUGUCCAACGAAACGAAUCAAAAUUAAAGAAGCAGACGUUAACCAUGCAUGCUGUGAAAAUGACAAAACCAAAAAUUUGAGCAAGAAACAAGAUACAAAAUCUCAUCUAUUGGAUCGAUGGUUUAAUAGUGAUGAUUUGGUAGAGAAUCUUUGUAUGACCAUUACGGAUUUUGAAUUGCCAUCACCAUAUUUUCAUUAUUUUUUUGGUCCUGACUCUGAAAAUACCAUUCCACCAACUAAUAAUACAUCAACAGCUUCAACAUUAGUGACAAACGUAUUUGAUAUCUUGACACCUAACUCAAGCUUUCAUAACUUAGGAAACUUGAAUCCAGUUAAACCACGAGUAUUUCCGCCUAAUUAUGAAAAUGAUAAUUCUACUGAAACAUCAGCAGAUAUAUUAGAAAGUAAUGAAAAUUUAGCACCGGAAAUCAGUGAUGAUGAUAAACAAAAUCCCUUAGUUCCCAUUAAUGAGAGUAUAAUUUCAUUGCUAUUGAAAUUACAUUCUCAAUUGUCUGGUAAAUCAGAUUCCUAUCAUCCACCACCACCCACAUCUUCUGAAACAAACGAAUCAAUUCUUCCAAAUCAAUUAUGCCCAGAAGCUAAUAAUUAUUUCCAAUGUGGAGAUGGAACAUUCUAUGUGGGUCGCUUAUUGGACCGGUUAGCUAAGGGGUCAUCAUCAUGUUAUAAAUGUAUUGUUCAUCAUCGGCUGUUAUUAUGGCCAAAAACUGUUGUGAUACAGGAAACACCUACUCGGGAAGAUGAGGAAUGUGAACGUAAACGUCGUGCUCGUGAGAGAAAGCAAAAAAUUAUGGAAGAAAUAGAAAAAGAGCAACGUAGAUUCUUGGAUAGACUCCGUGUGUCAGAGAAUGCAAAUUCUUCUGCCUCUACAUCUUUAUUAUAUGAUGAACCAGUCUCUGGAGUUCAAACUUCUACUCCAACCACUGGUAGUAGUAAUAUAAAUAACUCAUCUUUACCAGAUAAUAUUACGGACAAAGAACAAAAUAAUAGUUUUGAAACUAAGGAAACAGCGCUUCAUCUAACAAAUUCAUCAAAAAUACUUCAUACAAUAGAUUGCAUUAUUUGUAAACAAACUGUGGUCAUUCAAGCUGAACAACAGCGUGAAGAUCCAGUAGGAUUAGUGAUACUAGUACAAGGUACAAAUGUAUUGGCCCACAGGAGACACAUUACAUCUACAGUAUCAUUAAUUAAUCAAAAUAACAUUAGCAAUAAUGUUACUGAUUCUAAUCAGUUAUCCCAAAAACAGAUAGAAAUAGAUACUAACAGUAUUUUUGAGGAAAAUAACUUUGUGAAUGAAGAUGGACUAAAUAUCAGUCGUUAUUGGCCUUCUUUGCCACCAUUACCAUCAAAACAAGUUCAUCAGCAAUCCACAUCUGAAGAUGAUGAUUCUGAUUUAAAGCAACAUCAACCUAUAGUCACUACAGUUAGUAAUGAUGAUGAUACAACUACUUAUGCCUCACAUUCAGACCGCCGCAAACAUCUUCUAUUGCAGUAUUUCAAUAAUUUAGAUAAGGGUGAUUUGGAAAUUGGAGCUUUAACAACCACAACUAGUGCUGUUCCCAUCGGUGGUAAUGCUCAUGUACAGACGUGCGGUCACCAUUUACAUAUAAGAUGUUGGAGUUUAUAUCUAAGCUCCCUGCGUGGUACUCAGCGGUUUGAUUCUGAUAAAGGAGAGUAUAGUUGUCCACUUUGUCAACAAUUAGCAAAUUCUAUAAUGCCGUUAAUUCCACCUACUAGUGACUCAGAACAAAAGCAAUAUGGUGUUGCAACUUCUAAUCCUACGAAUAAAUUAAUUGCUUUGAAUGAUGCUAUAAAUCGAUUGACAGAUAUUAUAAAUAUAACACCAACUAGUAGUAAUGUAAGCAUUGAUGAAACGUCUAGUUCUGAAGAUGGAAUUGAAUUAGAACGUGGAGAAGAUUCUUUGUUGGACGCUAUACAUAGAUGUGUAAACGAUAUGAUAUCUACCACAGUUAUAACUGCUGCUGCACAUACAUUUUCAACACCACCAAAUUUAUUAACUCCUGCUCAAAGAAAAAAAUUGUACAAAGUCAGAUGGCAUAAUGUCGUGUCUGUAGCAUGGACGAAUAUCCAAGUGGAACUAGUGCAACGUAAUAACACUCUACUAACACAAGAGAAGGAAUCAUGGUCAUUGCAGCACGGUAAUUCAUGUUAUCGUCACCAAAGAUAUGCAAUGACCAAUACAGAUAAAAGUGGUAGCAAUAAUUAUUACAAUAUGUUGCCGAAGUGCAAUUGUAUAGCUCCAUUGUUAAAUGUGUUGCGUGUGAGCGCUCAAUCUUUAAUAUCAACUACUGACAAUACAAUCAAUGAUGUUUGGUGCAAGUUGACCGGAGCUGAACGUCCUCAAGCACAAUAUAAGAUGACUCAACCACCGCUAUUAAUGCGAGAUCCAAGUACCGUGCUUUUACAACUCUCAAUGUUGAUACCCAACUUAGACCGUGAUUUGUUUGAUGCUUUGGUCAAACUUACAUAUAACAUGCAACUAUACGUGGCCGCGUUGAAAAUUGCUAUAACAUGGAAACAAAACUGUAAUUUAAACCGCAAUACUUACAAUCGCUAUCGUCCUCAUAAUCGUUACAAAAUAAGUAAAACUAUAUUGAAGACUGAAGAAACAGGUAGCAGUGGUGAUCCAAUGGAUAUAGAUGAUGGCAAAGUUGAUGUACCGCCAUUUAUAUCAUCUGUGGACAUGGCCGAAGGUGGCGAUACAUCACUAUUAUUGUCAUUCCGGUCACCUACGUUUUUGCAAGCUGUAGCUUUAGCUAAAAACUUAUUAUUUUCUUCUCAAGAUGAUAAAAAUGUUCCAAUUGUUGAUUCAGAAGAUGAACAAAAUAUAUUGCUUGUAGAAUCAUAUGGAAGGCAAUGUACUCUACCAUUUUUACGGUUCGCUGCAUUGUUGAAAAAGUAUAUAAAUGAAGAUGAUGAAGAUAAUCUUGAUGACAUUCAAGAUUUGUCAACAUUAUCAUGGCCGCAACAACAAAAUAAUUCAAAUGUUGAACAUCACAAACAAAAUGAGUUAGUAAAGAAUACUCCAGCAUGUGUUAAUGAACGUGCACAUAUAAAUAAUUGUCGUUGUCAUCAAUGGUCACGUGACGAUUAUGAAUAUUUUACACUUGCUUGUUAUUUGAAACUAUUAAAUUACGACGAGGAAAUCUAUGAAGACUGUGCUAACUGUAAAGAAAUUGAUAAUUCUUGUAAAAAUAACAAAGGUUACAGCCCUAAAGAUAUCAAACCAUGUACAACAUUUCAGCCACCGUCCGCCAUGGAAGCAGUUAUUUGGCCAAAAUGGUCGUAUUCUACUUCUGAUACCAGUGAUAAUAUAUCGACUACUAUUUCUCGGGCUUGGUUGACAUCAUUUCGCCAAGCGUUAACAUCCAGUAUUCCUAUAGCCACUACCAUGUAUAAAAAUAUAAAUGUUUCACCUGCAUCUCUAGACAUGGACCCAAAUUCAAGCGCCAAUAUUAUGAUGGCUGCACGUUUAUUACUUGCCGUAGAUUGCUGUGAUGGUGGUCUCUCUAAAUAUUACCAUAAUACUAGUGAAAUUAACGAUAGUAAUUCAGACCGUGGCCUCCGUUUGUUACCAACAGUUAAGUGGACGGGGCCUAAACUAAUAAAGUUGCCACAUUGUUAUGAUGAUGUGUUGCAGUAUUAUCAUGGUCGACCGUGUCAUCGGUGCCAUGGCGUACCACGUGAGAGUAGUCUGUGUCUAAUAUGUGGUACUGUGGUAUGCCUGAAAGAAAACUGUUGCAAAACUAAUGGUAUUUUUGAAGCUGUGCAACAUUCGUUGGAAUGUGGUGGUGGUACAGGCAUGUUCUUGGUUGUAACUUCCAGUUCAGUGAUAGUGAUUCGUGGCAAACGGGCAUGUCUUUGGGGAUCCAUGUACUUGGAUACCUUUGGUGAAGAAGACCAUGAACUCAAACGUGGAAAACCACUAUAUUUAAGUGCAGAACGGUACAAGUUGCUGGAAUACCAAUGGUUGGCUCACAGAUUUGACCACACAAACAAAAAAUGGGUAUGGCAUAGAAAUGCAUUAUAACCAGUGGCGUAACGAUAGGGUGGCAUUGCAUAUUAUGUUAAAAUAUAAAUUUAUAAUCUGUGUGAAAAAUAAUUUGUAAUUAAUAAAUAUA